UUUUUUUUGAGAUGGUUUCAAUUUUGUUGUUAUUAGCGGCGCAUGAAUAUAUAUAUAUGUUCCUGAGCAAAAAAUAAAAAAAAAGCAUGCUUUUCUCCACUAUUUUUACCUUUUUCUUUCUUUCUUUUUAUUUUUAUUUAUUGAAUGGUUUCAAAUUGUAGAAUAUGGGAAACAUUAUUGAUCUUACUAAUAAUUUUAUUCCUUGUUGAAGUCUCGACAAUAGACGACUGAAUCAUAUUGAACCUUUGGUCAAUGUCAAGGUUGACAUUAUUCCAAGAUCUAAUCUAUAUUAUAUGAAAAGUAGCAAUGACAUGGAAGUAACAUUAACAAAUGCAUACAACAAUCAUACUGUUACCAAUAUUCAACAUGACGAUAGUAUACGACUCUUAUUUGAAGCAUAUGACCAGUUAUUUGCUAUUCACCUCACUCCAAACUUGGAUCUUCUUCACCCUCAAGCAACAUUUGUAUAUGACGGAAAAUCAGAACCAAUUCAUCCUCAUCAAUUUCGAAUUUAUCGAGGUCAUGUUUAUCGUCCUUCUAUUUCCAAUCGACGAUGGCAAUAUGAUAAACUCGGCGUGAUUUUUCCUUUAUUUGAUCAAAUAAACAAUGAUGAUAAGGAUAGUUUAGGCUGGGCAAGAUUAGUCCUUCGACAUGACCUAACCAAGGACCCAAAUUAUCCGGUAUUCGAAGGCAGCUUUGAAAUGUUAAAUGAUGUUUACCAUAUCAAGUCAACGGACAUGUACAAUAAGACGAAAAGAAGGGACGAUGUAACACCAAUGAUAACAGUAAGUCAGCAACAACAGCAACAAUAUCAAAGCCUGAUGGUAAUUUAUCGUGACUCCGACACUUCCUUGGUAUCACUUGAACAAUUUGACCUACCGGCUGACAAUGCCUCUUCUUCUUUCUCACCUCAAUGCGCUACUGAUAGACUGAACUAUAAUGCUCCUUAUAUGUCAACUCACAAAAAUAAUAACAAUGAUAUGAUCCUUCGACCUGGUCAUCCUGCUUCUCGUCUAGACGGUUUAUUUAUGCCUCCAUCGUCUUUUACUAAGCGGGCUACGACAGGUUGCCCUACAACAAAGAAAAUUGCCUAUAUGGGUGCAGCUGCUGAUUGUACUUAUACCAAACACUAUCAAUCCAAACAACAAGCACAAAUACAAAUCAUUACAGAUUGGAACUCAGUAUCUGCAUUAUUCGAACGACAAUUCAAUAUUCAACUUGGUCUCGUCAAUAUCACUGUCAUGGAUGAACUUUGUCCUACCACCCCUUCAUCUGCUGAACCUUGGAAUCGUGCCUGCUCUGAUACUUAUACCUUGGAUGAUCGACUUAGUGAUUUUAGUCGUUGGCGUGGUACUAUGAGUAAUGAUGGUAUUGCUUUAUGGCACUUACUAACCAAUUGUGCGACUGGCGUCGAAGUUGGUAUUGCUUGGGUCGGUCAACUAUGUCAAUCAGAAGCCAGUUCUCAGACGACAUCAGGUGGACAAACUCAAUAUGUUGCUGGUGCUGGUGUCUCGUCUAUUAUUCGUGAUGAAUGGAAAGUGAUUGCUCAUGAAAUUGGUCAUGGUUUCGGCGCAAGUCAUGAUUGUAAUAGUGCCAAUUGCCCUUGUAGUGGAUCCCAAUGCACAUGUUGUCCUCUUAGUGCCACUGUAUGUGAUGCUGGUGGUACUUAUAUCAUGAAUCCAACAAGUAACGUUUCUGCUCAAGAGUUCAGUCCAUGUUCUGUUACUACUAUUUGCAAGAAUUUCCCAUCCAUCGGAUCCUGUUUGCAAGACCCUGGACAACGGAUCACUAAACAAUUACAAAUGUGUGGAAACGGUAUCGUGGAACAAGGUGAAGAAUGUGAUCCUGGCAAUCAAACAAGCUCAUGUUGUGAUUCAACUACGUGUAAAUUUAUCAACAAUGCUGUAUGCGAUGAUGUGAAUGAUUCAUGUUGUAAUCAAUGUCAAUACCAACCAAGUACCUACCAAUGUCGACCGGCAUCUACUUCAUGUGAUAUUCCAGAAUUCUGCACUGGUACAUCAGGAACAUGUCCUCCAGAUACAUAUAUACAAGACGGUACUGAUUGUGGGAAUGGAUUAAAAUGUGCUACCGGUCUGUGUACAUCUAGAGAUGAUCAAUGCCUACAUCGUGGUUCUUCCUUGAAUAUUUCCAAAGCAUGUCCCAGUAGCAACUCAUGUUCAUUGUCCUGCAACAAUGGUGCUGGUUCUAGCUGUCUCGUCUUUAGUGGUGGUUUUAUCAAUGGAACACCAUGUGGUGCAAAUGGUGUUUGUAAAGAUGGCAGUUGUGAUGAAGGCAGUAUAGCCUCACAAGCGUUAUACUGGUUAUCGACACACAAAUAUAUUGCCAUCCCAGUAGGUGUUGUACUAUGUCUCUUGCUUCUUGGAUGCCUCGCUUGGACUUGUUAUUCCGGAUGUUGUGGUCGUGGUGGAUGGCGAAAUCGAAAUAACAAGAAGAAUCAAAAUAGACCAAAUACAUUACAAGUGACAUCACCUCCUCCACCUUCAAUAUCAACGAUAUCAUCACCUAUAUUAUCAUCACCAACCCAGCGCCAUUAUGGAAACAAUCGCGUGUCUUCUCCUCCACUGGACUCUGCCAUGAUGGACAAGAAACAAGACAUUCCUUCAGAUAUUAGUACACCUGCUUUCGCAUCUUCCCCGUCUACUCCUAUUCCAUCUUCUUCUUCUCCUCCUCUUCCUCCACCACCACCACCACAUCAGCCUUCCCAUACAACAUCAUGAAAACCUCUCAGUCAUUUUCUUAUAUUGUCAUACCAAAAUAGAUAUCUUGAAAUAAAAAAAAAUCAUUUUACAUUUUA